UAUACCAUUCCGAACACCAUAGCAAUCCAGCAUUUUACGAUCUCCAGAUUGUUCGUUGGAACUUCCAAUUCCCGUCAAGCCUUGAUUCGGGUUGGACUUUACCUGCACCAUUCCUCCCCGUCCCUGACCCAUCGCACUCGCCAGCCGGUCCGCAAUAUGUCGACACUAGAGGAUCUCGAUGAUUUGGAGCGUGAUCAGAAGGAGGAGAAGAAGGAUGGUGAUGACAAGGACAAGAAGUCUCCCACUGACGGAGAAUCUAAAGAUGCCGAGAUGAAAGACGCAGACGCUGGAAAGAAAGAAGAAGAAGAAGAUUACAUCGACACCGAGAUCCUUCAAUCCAGUACCAGAGACAUCAUCAACCGGCGGCGGUUAUUGGAGAACGAAUUGAAAAUCUUGAAGAGCGAGUUUCAGCGGCUGAAGCAUGAAGAGACCACAAUGAAGGACAAAAUCAAGGACAACCUAGACAAGAUCGAGAACAAUAGACAAUUACCGUACCUCGUUGGCAACGUCGUCGAACUUCUUGACCUGGAUGUUGAGGCCGAAGCAGCGGAAGAGGGAGCAAACAUUGAUCUGGACGCCACCCGGGUCGGCAAGUCAGCAGUGAUCAAGACAAGUACCCGACAAACAAUAUUCUUACCGCUGAUCGGGUUGGUGGACCACAACAAGCUCAAACCCGCCGACCUUAUCGGUGUCAACAAGGACUCGUACCUCGUUCUCGACACUCUUCCUGCCGAAUAUGACUCAAGAGUCAAGGCUAUGGAAGUCGAUGAAAAGCCCACUGAGAAGUACACGGAUGUUGGUGGUCUCGACAAACAAAUCGAGGAACUUGUCGAAGCAGUGGUAUGGCCCAUGAAGGAGGCAGAGAGAUUCAAGAAAAUUGGUAUCAAGGCUCCAAAGGGUGCUUUGAUGUAUGGCCCUCCGGGAACUGGCAAGACUCUCCUUGCUCGUGCGUGCGCAGCUCAAACGAACGCCACUUUCCUUAAGCUCGCCGGUCCCCAGCUUGUCCAAAUGUUUAUUGGUGAUGGUGCCAAACUUGUUCGAGAUUGCUUCGCGUUAGCCAAGGAGAAGGCGCCAUCAAUCAUCUUCAUCGACGAACUCGACGCCGUUGGCACGAAGCGUUUCGAUUCAGAAAAGAGCGGUGACCGAGAAGUCCAGCGAACCAUGUUGGAAUUGCUCAACCAGCUGGACGGUUUCGCUUCGGACGAAAGAAUCAAGGUUCUGGCUGCCACCAACAGAGUUGACGUGCUCGACCCUGCCUUACUCCGCUCUGGUCGACUAGACAGGAAGAUUGAAUUCCCGCUUCCCAAUGAGGAGUCGCGUGCGCAGAUCCUUCGUAUCCAUUCCAGGAAGAUGACCGUGGAUGAGGGCAACAUCAACUGGAACGAACUUGCCAGAUCUACCGACGAAAUGGGAGGAGCCCAGUUGAAAGCUGUUUGCGUCGAAGCUGGUAUGAUCGCUCUUCGAAAAGGACAAAGCAAGCUGGUCCACGAAAACUAUGUGGACGCGAUCGCCGAGGUCAUGGCGAAGAAGAAGGAUACUGUCAACUUCUACGCAUAGCCGCACCCGCAAGUUAGCAUGCAAGCUUUCCAGAUUGGCCAGAUACUGGCAUGUACAGAUUAGCGAAUCAUGGUACGGUGAUGGGAUAGAAAGUCAUCGCCACAAGACUAUCAGCCAUGGCGAUGCCCAUAAAAUCUUGGAUGGGCCAAAUAUGGUAGCAGCAGUUUAUCCUGCCAUGUAACUUUGAAGGCCAGCAUAUAAGAUAGCUGGCUCAGGUAUCCAAUCGCUUGACUUCCGUCAGCAAUGCGUAGAUCUGUC